UGCGAGGCGGCAGGUCCGCUCCGGGGGCUGCCGGGGGGUCGCGCGGCCGCGCCCCCGCUCCGCGAGCGUGUGAGGGAGCGAGGGAGGAGGAGGAAAAGCGAGAGGGAGAAAGCGAACGGGAGGGCGGGGUGGAGGCAGCUCCCGCGGCUGGGCGUGUGCCCGGCCCCCGGUGCUGCGUGACCGCGCGGGAGGAGCAGGAGGAGGAGUGUGGGUGCGGGGAAUUUCCUUGUGUGGCGGCUGAGGAACAACACCGCUCCAGACAGCGGGGCUAAGAGGAGGGCGCUGCCGCCGGUUGCCGAGCGAUGUGAGGGGGAGCCCCCCCAACGCCCUCCCCUCCCUGCCCCUGGAGCCGCCUGCUUUCCCCCUCCCUCCCCUCGCUCAUCCCCGCCCCGCCAUGCCGGACCAGAUCUCCGUGUCGGAAUUCGUGUCCGAGACCAAUGAGGAUUACAAGUCACCCACCGCCUCCAACUUCACCACCCGGAUGGCCCAGUGCAGGAACACGGUGGCGGCCAUCGAGGAGGCUCUGGAUGUUGACCGAACUGUUCUCUAUAAAAUGAAGAAAUCUGUCAAAGCCAUAAACUUAUCUGGUCUGGCUCAUGUGGAAAAUGAAGAACAGUAUACACAAGCACUGGAGAAGUUUGGUGGCAACUGUGUUUGCAGGGAUGACCCAGAUUUGGGAACAGCGUUUUUAAAAUUUUCUGUGUUUACAAAGGAAUUAACUGCACUCUUCAAAAAUUUGAUUCAGAAUAUGAACAACAUAAUCACUUUUCCAUUGGACAGUUUGCUGAAGGGAGACCUGAAGGGAGUGAAAGGGGACCUGAAAAAACCCUUUGAUAAAGCUUGGAAGGACUAUGAAACAAAAGUUACAAAAAUAGAGAAGGAAAAAAAAGAGCAUGCUAAGCUUCAUGGGAUGAUUCGUACAGAAAUAAGUGGAGCUGAAAUUGCAGAAGAGAUGGAGAAAGAAAGAAGGUUCUUCCAGUUACAGAUGUGUGAGUACCUGCUGAAAGUCAAUGAAAUCAAGAUUAAAAAAGGAGUGGACUUGCUUCAGAACUUGAUCAAGUAUUUUCAUGCUCAGUGCAAUUUCUUUCAGGAUGGGUUAAAAGCAGUUGAAAGUCUCAAACCUUCAAUUGAGACACUCUCGACAGAUCUUUAUACAAUUAAACAAGCACAAGAUGAAGAACGAAGACAAUUAACACAGCUCAGAGAUAUUUUAAAAUCAGCACUCCAAGUUGAUCAGAAAGAGGAUUCUCAACUUCGUCAGAGUACAGCUUACAGUUUACAUCAGCCUCAGGGAAACAAGGAGCAUGGCACUGAGCGGAGUGGCAGUCUGUACAAGAAAAGUGAUGGAAUCAGAAAAGUGUGGCAGAAAAGGAAGUGCUCAGUUAAAAAUGGUUUUCUUACAAUUUCCCAUGGUACAGCUAACCGACCUCCAGCAAAGCUCAAUCUGUUAACCUGCCAAGUGAAAACAAACCCAGAGGAGAAAAAGUGUUUUGACCUCAUAUCACAUGACAGAACAUACCACUUUCAAGCAGAGGAUGAACAGGAAUGUCAAAUAUGGACAUCUGUGCUACAAAACAGCAAAGAGGAAGCUUUAAAUAAUGCAUUCAAAGGAGAUGAUAACACAGGAGAAAAUAAUAUUGUCCAGGAACUGACAAAAGAAAUUAUAUCUGAAGUCCAGAGGAUGACUGGAAAUGAUGUUUGUUGUGACUGUGGAGCACAAGAUCCUACCUGGCUUUCAACAAAUUUGGGAAUUUUAACUUGCAUUGAAUGCUCAGGAAUCCAUAGAGAACUUGGUGUUCACUAUUCCAGAAUGCAGUCGCUUACAUUAGAUGUGCUGGGAACAUCUGAACUUCUGCUUGCAAAGAAUAUUGGGAAUGCUGGAUUUAAUGAGAUUAUGGAAUUCUGUCUUCCAGUUGAUGAGGUGGUCAAACCUAAUCCAAGCAGUGAUAUGAAUGCAAGAAAAGAUUACAUUACUGCCAAGUAUAUUGAGAGAAAAUAUGCAAGGAAGAAGCAUGCAGACAAUGCAGCUAAAUUGCAUGCUCUUUGUGAAGCAGUGAAAUCAAGGGACAUUCUUGGAUUAGUUCAAGUGUAUGCUGAUGGUGUGGAUCUCACAGAAAAAAUUCCACUGGCCAAUGGCCAUGAGCAAGAUGAAACAGCACUGCACCUUGCUGUUAGAUCAGUUGAUCGAACUUCCCUUCAUAUAGUUGACUUUUUAGUGCAGAACAGUGGCAAUCUAGAUAAACAAACCUGUAAAGGUAGCACAGCCCUGCAUUAUUGCUGUCUAACAGACAACGUUGAGUGCCUCAAACUGCUGCUGAGAGGGAAGGCUUCUAUUGAAAUAGCAAAUGAAGCAGGAGAGACACCACUUGAUAUAGCUAAACGUUUAAAACAUACUCACUGUGAAGAGUUGCUUACUCAAGCACUGUCUGGAAGAUUUAAUUCUCAUGUUCAUGUAGAAUAUGAAUGGCGGUUACUUCAUGAAGAUCUGGAUGAAAGUGAUGAUGAUGUGGAUGAAAAGCUACAGCAACCCAGUCCCAACCGAAGAGAGGACAGGCCUGUCAGCUUCUACCAGCUUGGAUCAAACCAACUUCAGCCUAAUGUAGCAUCCUUGGCAAGAGAUGCAGCAAACAUUGCUAAGGACAAGCAAAGAGGAUUUAUGCCAAGCAUAUUACAGAAUGAAACGUAUGGAGCAAUACUCAGUGGCAGUCCACCUCCCAUUCAACCUGCAGUACCUGUUACAAGUAGUGCACCUCCUCUACCUCCAAGGAAUAUUGGCAAAGUUCAGCCUUCAGUUCUUGGCAGUGGUAUUCAGACAAUUUCUUCAUCUAAUGCAAUGUGGAAGACAAAUUCUUUAGGAGUGGAAAGUAUAAGCAGGCAGAGGUCUUCAUCAGAUCCACCAGCUAUUCAUCCCCCUGUGCCGCCAUUGCGUGUAACAUCUACAAAUGUACUUUCUCCAGCACCACCACCUCCCGUGGCAAAGACAGCCAGCAUUAUCGAAGCUCUGAACCAGCAAUCGAAACAGCAGCCAGCUCCUCCACAAAACAAGCCAACCCCACCACCACUGCCCCCACAACCUCCUAGCAGAAUCUCUCAGAGAAAGCCUAUUCCUGGGACUGAGAAGUCAUCUGGCUUAACUAACAAAGGGCAGACCAGAGGACUUGGGUCUCUGCAACAACCUGCAGGAGAGUCAUCUUCUGUAUGUGAAAUUCCAGGAACACAGACUGGUUCUGCAGCAAAUACUUUGGCACAAAUCCAGCCACCAGCACCAAUGCCAAGGAAAUCACAAAUAUCAAAAACUAAACCCAAGAGAGUAAAAGCAAUUUACAACUGUGUAGCAGAUAACCCAGAUGAGCUGACUUUUGCAGAGGGAGAUAUUAUUGUAGUUGAUGGUGAAGAAGAUCAGGAGUGGUGGAUUGGUCAUAUUGAUGGAGAUCCCAGUCGGAAAGGAGCUUUCCCUGUAUCAUUUGUGCACUUUAUUGUUGACUAAAUUGCUACUGAUAAGUGGAGACAUUUCUCAUUUCCAGCAGUCACAGAAAUAAGUUUUGUUCUGUUUCAUUUCACCUACUUAUCCGCAGCCGCCUUGUCAGAGCACUGCCCAAGUCCUAGGUACUGUAGCUUACUUUUUUAUUGCCAUUGUUCUGGUUUGGGGACUUUUUAACUUUUUUCUACGUGAAAACUUCUCAUAAACAGUUUACACUUU